UUCAUUUUUUCAAACCCGAAGUCCUAAUUUCUAAAACCCUAAAAAUCCCUUCAAUUUUUAUUCGCCAAAAAUAGAAGAAAAAAAUGGAAAGAAUAUAGGAAAACCUUGCAGGGCAUAAUUAAUCUUGUAAUCUUGAACACAAGACAGCUAAAAGAAUGGGUGUAAAGGAGGACAUAUGAUACGGCUACACUUGUUCAGUGAAUGUGAUUCUUGGUGGAAACCUCUUUAUCGUCGCAUAUCUUUGACUUAGAAUCCAAUGGCUGAUCCCUUUCACUUCUAGCACUUGAAAAACUUCUGUUACUCCCCAAAACAUGCAAGUUGUUCACAAACUCGGCCUGAAAUCACUUAUAUUAACACCAAUUGUUUGCAACACUACUCGUUAUGUCAGCACCCAAAACUUAGUUACAGAUUCACCCAGCUCUGCCAACUAUGACUACCUCAUCAACAAGGCAGGACGUGACCGAGACUUUGGUACUGUGCAACAUCUCCUAAUGAAGCGCACCAGGGAUGGUUGCUUCUAUACCAACAACACUUUCAAGUUCAUAUCCACAGACCUCUCUGUGCUUGAUGACCUGUUAAAAAUCCUGGCUGGUCUUAGCCAUGGGUUCCCCAAGAAGAGUGCACAUGACUGCCUCGUUAACCAACUCUCAAAGUUGCAUCGCACAACCGAAGCACUGCACGUGGCAGAGAUUAUGGUACAGAACAACUAUGGUGCAAAUGCCUGUACAUUUCAUCCCAUACUGAAUGAACUGACCAAGAAAAAGAAUAUGGAUGAAGCAUGGCGUGUGAUGCAGGUGAUGAGAGAGUAUGGAAUUAAGCCUGAUCUGACUGCUUAUAAUUAUUUGCUGACUGCUCAUUGUUAUGGUGGGGAUCUGACUUCUGCUGCUUACCUGCUGACAAAAAUGGAGGAGGAUAAAAUGGGAGCAGAUAGUAGAACUUAUGAUGCACUUGUAUUGGGAGCAUGUAGAGCUGGGAGAAUAGAUGGGGCUUUGAUGGUGUUGAGGAGGAUGCUGGAUGAUGGAGUGCCAGCAUUAUACAGCACGCAUGCUCACGUUAUCAAUGCAAUGCUUAGGAAUGGCUAUUAUGCACAGACAGUGGAGUUUGUAAUGAGCUAUGCUGGCAAAGAUCAGGGGUUGGAUUAUGAGAAUUUUGGAAUUCUGGCUAGCCGUUUGAUUAAGUUGGAUAGAUUGGACGAGGCUAAGUUUGUUCUCAAGGAGAUGAAGAGAAGGGGUAUAAAUAUGGGGGAGAAAUUGAAGGAUUUUUGUCUUUGCUGUAACUAGAAUAGCAAUACAAAGUUCCUUUAUAGUUGCACUGGAAAUCAAAUAGAGCAUCAUGAAGGCACAUUUGAUCCUCAAACAGUCACAACAAUUUUUUUUUUAUGCCUGUUUUGCACUACUUGUGAAGUGCAAUAUUGUUAUUACAGGACUAGCAUAGGAUCUCAUACUCAAAGUCUGCUUAUAAAGUGGACAUAGGAGCUCAUUCUCAAUCUCAGGGAUAGGGAAAAAUGAAGCAGUCUUGAGCAUUAGGUUGGGUAUCACAAUACCCUAAAAUUGUGUACACGAAUGUGGAAAUCAUAUUUUUAACACCAUGGUAGAUUAAUUUCCUCGUA